UUAGCCGCGAAAAACUAAGGAUAGUUGUAAUAACCUAAGCUAAGUGCACUUAUUAAGAAAACUAUUAAAAGCUGGCUGCUCCAGGUGCCUUCGAGAAGAUUCAGCCCUGGCCUUUCAUGCAUACACUUUUUGUUAUUCGAAAUGCGAAUGGGCAGACCUUGCUUCAGAGAAGAAGCUGAGAGCUGCACUCUUCUUAUCAAAAUAGUCAGAAAACAAUAUAGAAAUGAAUACAGUAUAUCAAAUAAAAUGAUCAGUAUAUCAAAUAAAAUUAUCUAUGAAUAAAUAUCUCACAGGACCAACUCAAGUCAUCAUAAAAGCUUAAUUAUGAUAUGACGCAUUAAAUGUAGCCUCAGCGAGUACACUUUGCCACAUUCAAUAUGGCGAUGUCGACACACGAUGCCACAACCACGUGGGUGGGUGUUCGAUGGUGCUUCAACAAUCAACUAAUAACUAUCAGUUUUAUAGUCACAUACUUAAAAAAAUACAAAAUACUUUAAAAAAUAAAAUGCAAAAAAAAAAAGAAAAGAAAACAACUACCUUUCCGAGAGCGUCCGUAAAUGAAACGAGCCACUUCCGGUAUAGUAACCAGACGCUCUCCAUUGGCUGAGCGAGAGUGAGCGCUUACUUCAUUGGAUAUGUAUGGAGUCACGUGACACACGCUAACACAUUUUUUAACGCUAGCGAAGACUAAAACGAAACGAAACGAAACACAACAAUUUCAUUUACAUGGUGUCAUUUAUUUCUCAGUCAUAAAAUUGUUGUGAAAUAAACAUGGGAAAAGUUGUAACGGGUGUCGCCCUCACCGUUUGCAAAGGCUUGUGGGUAAUAUUCACCGAGCGCGGCACGGAACAGCUGACGGGAAGCGGUUCUCUCGUUGGCAUAGUUUAUAUUAAUUCGGACUCCUUUCCUGUAAGCGGGACGAUGCUUCUCGUUUUUCGCCGUCCGGAAGCGUAAAGAGCCGACGGUGGUGUGAACUCAAUGCGCAACAUGAGCAUCAACGAGCAUUCCCUGCAAGCUCUGUCCUGGAGGAAGCUCUACCUCAGCCGGGCCAAACUCAAAGCUUCCAGCCGGACUUCGGCUCUGCUCUCCGGAUUCGCUAUGGUGGCCAUGGUGGAAGUGCAGCUGGACAACAGCUACCCGUACCCUCCCGCUCUGCUGAUCGCCUUCAGCGCGUGCACCACCAUUCUGGUGGCCGUGCACCUUUUCGCCUUGAUGGUCAGCACCUGCAUCCUGCCCAACAUUGAGGCGGUCAGCAACGUUCACAACAUCAACUCGGUAAGCGAGUCGCCGCACGAGCGCAUGCACCGUCACAUCGAGCUAGCCUGGGCUUUCUCCACCGUCAUCGGGACGCUCCUCUUCCUGGCCGAGGUGGUGCUCCUCUGCUGGGUCAAGUUCCUGCCCAUCAAGCCCAGCAAGUCCAGCAACGGCACUGUGUCGGCGGGAGUGGCCGCCGCCAUUACCUCCACGUCCAUCAUGGUCCCUUUCGGUUUGAUUUUCAUCGUCUUCGCCGUGCAUUUCUACCGCUCGCUGGUCAGCCACAAGACGGACAGGCAGUUCCAGGAGCUGGAGGAGCUCUCCAACCUUACAAGGCUGCAGAAUCAGCUGGACAAUCGAGGAGAGUCCAUUUUACAUUCGCCCAGUGCUCAUUUCCCCUAAAAAAUCUGUGACUGCCGCACUUAAUGCUGUUUUAGUUGACUUUUUUCGAUGAGGACCGAGAAGUUGUCCACGUGCUGAACUCAUUGUCUGUCUUUGACGGCAGGUGACCUGGAAUUGUCCCCAAAAUCAAUAGAAUGUGAAGUUGUGAACCAAAAUCACCAAAAGGUGACCUGGAAUUGCCUCAAAACCAACAAGGAGUGACCCCAUAUCAACCACCCAAAAUCAACAAAUGGUCUCAAAAUGAGCAGGAAUUGCACCCAAAUCAUCAAGAAGUGACAUACAGUGGGGAGAACAAGUAUUUGAUACACUGCCGAUUUUGUUGGUUUUCCCACUUGCAAAGCAUG